GCACAACGCCGAUUGCUUGUUUCUCUCGCGAGAUCUGACAACAUCGCGUGUGAAGGAAAAAACAAGAUGGCGUCCCAUCCGUCCGCCGUAAAACCAUAACAAGAAGACAAGGUUGCGUUUGAUGGAGAAUACAUUAUUGUGUAUAUAACACUUCUGUGUUUUAACCAGUGCGUACAUGUACUCACAUAUGAUGUUUAAUAGAGCAAACAUCGUUAAUAAUUGUUUGUAUUCUGAUACCUUAGUUUGAGCGCACUUCGAAGCUCCUCGUGUUAGCUUAGCAUGCUAGUUAGCUUAGCUUGUUAGCUGCUAACAAAGACACGCGGAAGUAAUCAACGCAUCGCUAAGCAGAGAUCAUGUCUCAGUGUAAAGUGUUGUGAUUGUGUGAAAAAUGUGCGAAAGAACGAUAGCUGACUACGCGGAGGAAGAACUUUGUCCAACAAAGGAGAAGGAGCGACAACAUCAACUACUGGACGCUGUUUUCAACAGACAUCAAGUUGUGUUACACAGAACAGAACUCCAGCAGCCCCCCCAAAUUAAAGAGGAAGAGGAGGAUCCACAGCCCCCCCACAUUAAAGAGGAAGAGGAGGAAUGUCGGAUCACUCGGGAGGGAGAGUGUCUUCUAGGGCAGGAGGAAGCUGAUCUCACCAAGUUUCCACUGACUGUUGUCUCUGUGAAGACUGAAGAGCAUGAAGACAAACCACCUGAGUCCUCACAGCUUCAUCACAGUCCAAACAUCCAGCAGCUGAUUGGACAUCAAGAAGAACGUGUUCCUCAACUGCAGGGGGGGAGCUUCACUUUAAAACAGGAGAGUCCACAGCGCCCCCAUUUUAAAGAGGAAGAUGAGGAGCCGCAGCCCCGCCAUUUUAAAGAGGACAUCAAUGAUCCACAGCCCUCUUGUAUUAAAGACGACGAGGAGGAGCUACAACCUCACGUUAAAAAGGACGACAAGGAGCCACAACCCUCUUUUGUUAAAGAGGAAGAGGAGGAAUGUUGGACCACUCAGGAGGGAGAGUGUCUUCUAGGGCAGGAGGAGGAUGAUCUCACCAAGUUUCCACUGACUGUUGUCUCUGUGAAGCCUGAAGAGCAUGAAGACAAACCACCUGAGUCCUCACAGCUUCAUCACACUCCAGGUGAAGAGAACAGAAGGGCGGAGCCUCCAAGCAGCAGCUCAACACAACACAUGACAACAGAAGCUGAUGGAGACCACUGUGGAGGAUCACAAGCAGACAAGCUCUUAGCUCCACUAUCAGAUAGUGAGGACACGUCAUCACAGGUUAAUGUAAAUAUGGAAUCGCACAUUAGAACACAAACAGUAGAAAAACCUUUUAGUUGUUCAGUUUGUGGUAAAAAAUUCUCUCUCACCAGUAAUAUGAAAUCCCACAUGAGAACGCACACAGGAGAAAAACCGUUCAGUUGUACAGUUUGUGGGAAACGAUUCUCUGACAGAAGUAACAUUCUAACACACAUGAGAACGCACACAGGAGAAAAACCUUUCAAAUGUACAGUUUGUGGUAAAAGCUUCUAUGACAGGAGUAAUAUUCAAACACACAUGAGAACUCACACAGGAGAAAAACCUUUCAGCUGUUCGGCGUGCGCCAAAAGAUUUUCCGUCAAUAGUAGCAUGCAAAGACACAUGAGAACGCACACAGGAGAAAAACCUUACAGUUGUUCAGUGUGCACCAAAAGAUUCUGUGACAAACGUAGCAUGCAUAGACACAUGAGAACGCACACAGGAGAAAAACCUUUCAGCUGUUCAGUGUGCACUAAAAGAUUCUCUGUCCAUAGUAACAUGCAAAGACACAUGAAAACGCACACCGGAGAAUAACUUUUUUAUUUUUUUUAUUUUUCAGAAGUUCUCUUUGAAUAGUGACUAAAGGUCUAUUGAAGGACUUCUCUAAAGUCUGGACUCUGGUCCAGAUUAGCCAGUCAGGACCCAGCCCGUCCACCUUAUUUUAUGAAUUAUAAAUCAUUGUCUGGUUCCCACAAAGUACGAGUUAAAAAUAAAUCAAUACAUGUUUUUCCAUUGUUAAAAUACAUUGUUUAUAGAAAUGAUUCACAGUGAUUUACAAUUUGUCCAACGUUACAUGUUUCAAACCAAAAAUAUAACAAGAACAUAAUUAUCAAAAUCUAUACAUUUUUCUUCACAAAUACAAAUUAUAUUGAAUCAAUCAAUCAAUCAAUCGAAUAAAAAAAAAAUCCAAUAAAACAGGCCAAAAGAAGCAAAUAACUAUUUGCAGCCAGUAUUUGUAGAAUAUAUAAACAUUGAUAGCUCAUGUUAGCUAUUUAAAUCACUAUUAUUUGGUAUCAACACACAAAACUAAUGCGCAUGCACGUCUUACGUACUAUGCGUACGUCCUUAAAGGAGAACUGCACCUUUUUUUUUUUUAAUUCACCCUAUUGUUCACAAUCAUGAGAGACAAGAACACAUGUCCUUUUAAAAGUAUAUAUAUUUUAAAGAUGGCAAAAAAAUUAUUUGGUAAUGAGAGUCAAUGAUGUAGCCUUCAAAGCCUCUAAAACAUCUUUAAAACCCUCUACCAACGUUCUGUAUACACACUGCAAGUAUAUAUAUUAUGUAGUAACAGGCACGUUCAUAACAAUAUGCAAUAUGUACAUUAUUUACCAUAUUUUGGUCAUUUUAACCAGGCAGCACGGUGGUACAGGGGUUAGUGCAUGUGCCUCACAAUACGAAGGUCCUGAGUAGUCCUGAGUUCAAUCCCUGGCUCGGGAUCUUUCUGUGUGGAGUUUGCAUGUUCUCCCCGUGACUGCGUGGGUUCCCUCCGGGUACUCCGGCUUCCUCCCACCUCCAAAGACAUGCACCUUGGGAUAGGCACCUCCAAAGACAUGCACCUGGGGAUAGGCCCCUCCCACCUCCAAAGACAUGCACCUGGGGAUAGGUUGAUUGGCAACACCAAAUGGUCCCUAGUGUGUGAAUGUGAGUGUGAAUGUUGUCUGUCUAUCUGUGUUGGCCAUGCAAUGAGGUGGCGACUUGUCCAGGGUGUAUCCCGCCUUCCGCCCGAAUGCAGCUGAGAUAGGCUCCAGCACCCCCCCGCGACCCGAAAAGGGACAAGCGGUAGAAAAUGGAUGGAUGGAUGAAUGGUCAUUUUAAUCAAUACCGGGACUUCUUCCCCGAUUUAUUUCCGUUUCCACUUCCGGCAACAAAUGUGUUCCCACUUCCUGAAACAAACGCGAGUGUAUUCUAAUCAUGGCAGACUUGGUAACAGACCACGGAGAUGACUAUUUUUGGACAAACGAGCAAACACAACCUUAUCUUUUUGUAGCUGAAUAUACGGAGGAUGAACUGCUGCUUAUAAAAGCGGGCGCGAAGAAGAGGGAGCUGAGGGAGUGAGGUCGGUGCGACUUGGUCAUGUUGCAAAUCUAGAACUUUGAGCCAAGCUAUGCCAAAUUAAGGGGGUGCUUACCCAAAUCAACUGGAAACGUCCCCGGCCAGCUUGACCAAAAGGACAACAGUCCAUUGGUGGAGUGGUUAAGAUGACUCUGUGGUAAAAAGUAUGUAUUUUUAGGUGAAACAGAAACUAAGAGAGUUAAAAGGAUUAUUGCGCCUGUUGAAAGGGAGACAAAGUAAACUGUUUCAGUUUGUUUACUUUGCUUAAAUGUGCACAUGUUCAAUGCUAACACACACAAUGUAUCCUAAUGUGCCAUUUUGCUCAUUAGCUCUUAUGUUGGUCAUUGGACCCACGGUGUCGGAUGUAAAUAAAAGACCAUUUGACCAUCA